CUGCUUUGAGAAACACAUGAAAUUGAUUCUAACAUCUGAAGGAUGAAUGUUGCACAAAAGAAAGGAUGGAUGGAUGCUGGUUGUCUUGGGUUCUAAGUUACUAUAUUCGCUACUCCGGAUAUAUGCAUCGGAUAACAGUACCCGCUCAGUUAUCUCCCAUCUUAAAUUCGCUAGCGGACCUCAAUUGAGCUCAAUAAAUGAGACACACUCUUCUUCGUAUUUCGCAUUCGAUAUACGUGUUAACUCUAACUUCUUAGAAUACCCCUUGCUGCAUCACUACCAGCCAUGGUCCCGAAUUUUAACAUUCUCACCGCCACCGCUGAUGACCUCCAGCGAGAGCUAAGUUCUGGCGGCAUAACCAGCAAGCAACUAGUGAAGAUAUAUCUCUCGCAGAUUGAGCGCCACAACGACUACCUUAAAGCCGUAAUCAGCAUAGCUCCCGAGGCACUUCUAUUAGAGAGGGCGACAAUUUUAGACGAUGAAAGACAGAGAGGAAAGCUUCGAAGUCCCCUCCACGGAAUCCCAAUCCUGGUGAAGGAUAAUGUCGCAACGCAUCCUUCUACUGGUCUAGACACCACAGCUGGUAGCCUGGCGUUGGUUGAUUCGAAACCAAGGAGCAAUGCGCCUAUUAUAGACCGACUGCUGGCAGCUGGACUCAUCAUCAUAGGUAAAGCCAGCUUGUCGGAACUCUCAUGGUGGAAGGGCACAAAUCUUCUCUGUGGAUGGAACAGCAUAAGCGGCCAAGCUCAAUCCCCCUACGUCAAAGGAGGCCUUCUCAUCGGAGAUUCAUUCGCAGGACACAGCAACCCCGGCGGAUCUUCAUCUGGCUCUGCGAUCGCCGUGGCAGCCGGAUUUGCGCCCAUCAGCAUUGGGACCGAGACAUUUGGCUCACUCAUGCUGCCUGCGGGCCGAGCCGCCCUUUACUCACUCAAGCCUGGCCGCGCGCUGAUCUCCACUAGGGGCAUUGUCCCCAUUUCGAACUUUUCGGAUCAACCGGGGCCUAUGACAAAGACUACGAAGGAUUUGGCGGUGUUGAUGGAUAUUAUUACCGAUCCUGAAAAUGUUCCGUCUGGGGGUUACGCUUCGCGGGUGACGGGCUCGUGGGAGGGCCUCAGGAUUGGUACAUUGGAUCCGGAAAAGUGGACGUACCCUCCUGAGAUUCGAAAGGUCUUGGAUGAAGGAAUGGAAAGACAGUUGAACGAUGAAAUUCGGGACGCAUAUGCAACGAUCAAGCAACAUGUGUCAGUUUUCAAGGACAAUGUUCCAUUGAGAACUGCAGAUACUUUGACUAUCAAUGGUGAAGAUGUAUUGCUCAAGAUUUUUGAAAAGGACUUUAAAGAACAGUUUGAGGACUACCUCCAACUUCUAGAAACUCCACAAAUCAAGAAUUUGGCCGAAUUGAUUGCUUUCAACAAGAAGAAUGCCGAUAGAGAGCUCCCUCCAGGCUAUGAUAACCAAGAGAUCCUUGAACGUAGCGAAAACACGGACACAACACCCGAAGACCGUGCAAACUACGUCGCACACUUGAAGAAACUCGGUCGCGACGAAGGCAUCGAUAAGAUAUUUAACGAAUACGACAUCAACGUGGUGAUGGGACCACUCGAGUCUCCGCUGUACUAUUUCGCUGCGGCCUGCGGAUAUCCUGUUGCUGCUAUGCCACUUGGCUACCUUGAGUACAACGGGCGUCCUCAUGGGCUUGGCGCCGUUGCGAAAGAGGAGGGUCUUCUGAUCCAACUCCAGAGCGCUUAUGAAGGAGUUUUCCCGCCACGGAAGCCGCCGACUCUUUUCAAAUAAAGUCGGAUUCACAAAGUUAUCAGGACAUGAUGUCUACCUGAGCCAUGAGCGGAUUGCGCAAUAACUUAUAAAGCAUGCAAUUGUUCACAACCUGUAUUUAGCGUUACAAGAUACUAGAAGCGGGUGGUGAUAGUAGCACAAUUUAGAUGAAUGUGGCAGCGUAUGUCAAUCUCCAAC